AUGUUCCUGAGCCUGGAAGGGGUGAAGGUUUUGGAGGACUGCCCCACACAGCUCCUCAUCCCUUCAUAUCUGCUAGGGGGUGGGAUCAUCGGCGCCUUAGAGGGAAGGUGUGUGUCCCUCCUGCUGUAUGACUCCACCAGGAUGAGGCGCCUUCUGUCCAAGGCUGUGCUGAUAGACGACGAUGAUGAAGAUGACUAUCCCUGGAGACAGAACGCUCACAAGUACUGCAUCCACCUCGGCCUCGGCCCCUUCCUCCGGUUCACUCUGGGAAAUUACUGGGUCUUUUCUGUGUAUCUGCCUAGCUUCAUCCCGCCUAUCCAGCAGCCUCAGGCUUGCUGUGAGAGAAGCCUGUGUCUCUUUGCAGUCGGGGUGCUGGGGCUCAGUCACCCUGUGCUGGCCAUGCUCAUCCUGGGCAACGGCUAUGUCUACGUGUGCGCCAGGUGGAGACUUGCUGCCAGUGAAGACUGA